CACAGGUCAGUUCAGACGACCCGUUGCGACAAGAAGGAAUCUUAUCGUGAUCUUCAAAUCCUACUGUAUCUUUUGCGGAUACUUUGUAGCGAACCACGGGUCCAAGAUUUUACUAUUGCUCUUUGGAAAUGAAGGACAUAUUCACUCCAGAUUGAAUCUAUUGAUAACUUGCACUCAUUGAUUUUUUUUUUAAUAGUCAAAUAGUUACUUUGACAGUUUUUGCUUGCUUUUGCCGGAGUUUUGACACCAUACGAUGGCCGAUAACAACCACCCGCACGUCAUUUUCUGCAACAACUCGCCCAAAAGAGUUUUGGUGUCUGUUAUUAAGACCACACCGAUCAAACCCAGGAAUGCGGAGGCCCUGACGCCGACUAGUCCCGGCUUCAGCGACUUCAUGGUCUACCCGUGGAAAUGGGGGGAGAACGCCCACAAUGUGACCCUGAGCCCGGGAUCCGUGAGCGGGGCUUCCUCACCCACCGGGACCCAGACGGCCAGGGAAGCGGACACGGAUCCUACACCUGAGCAAAUCAGGGAUGGCAUCCGCAGAGGGCGUCCACGGGCCGACACCGUUAGGGAGCUCAUAAGCGAAGGGGAGACUUCGUCCAGCCAUAUUCGCUGUAACAUCUGCAACCGAGUGUUUCCCAGAGAGAAGUCUCUUCAGGCUCAUAAGAGGACGCACACAGGAGAGAGGCCCUACCUGUGUGACUACCCAAACUGUGGGAAGGCGUUUGUCCAGAGCGGUCAGCUGAAGACGCACCAGCGGCUGCACACUGGAGAAAAGCCCUUUGUGUGCUCAGAGAAAGGAUGUGGCAAUCGGUUCACCCAUGCCAACCGUCACUGUCCCAAGCAUCCUUUCUCCCGUCUGAAGAGAGAGGAACCAAAGGAGGGCCAGGAGAAGGCUCAGUCUGUGGAUAACAAGGCUGUGGCAGAGUGGCUUGUCAAGUACUGGCAAACUCGUGAGCAGCGUUCCCCCACGACCACCAAGACGAAGCCCCAGGGCAAGGCAAGAGCAGAGGACCAGGAGCAGCAGGAUCCCAUGGAGUUUCUCCAAUCCGAUGAAGAGAACGGGGAAGAGGAAGAGACAGCAGACGAAGAGAAGGGCAGCCAGGGAGGAGCCGCCAAGCGCCGCCUCCAGGAGCAACGAGAGCGUCUCCACGGUGCUCUGGCACUCAUUGAGCUGGCCAACAACCUGUCUGCCUGAACACCCACCCGCUUCCUGAUCCUGGACUCCAACUCCCUGUCCCUAAUCUCCAUUCUCAACCCGCCUUCCUGCAGUAUGUGCUGUAGCUAGAAAUGCAGAUCAAUGACUAGUUUCUUCUAUCAGAGAGAUCAGUGUUAUGCACAUCAUCUGUUCCCCCUCAGCACCAGGAAGGUACAAGCUAAAGCACCUUAUUCAGCUUCCAUUUUAUCCCUUUAGGCUGCUAUAAUUGUAGAUUUGACUAUAUGAAGAAUGUCUUUCUUUCUUCUUUUUGUCUUCUAAAGGCAAAGGAAGAGAACCUAUUGUUUUUAUUUGUUUUGUUUGCACUUUGAUGGUAACGAGUUUUUGAGUGUAACAGAGUGUGUAUGACUGAUGUAUAUAUGGAUUAAGCUCAGAUGGACAGAAUGAUACAGGGUGUGGUCAAACAUAGGAAAUGUAAUCAUCAUGCUCUUAGGUUUCAUCUUCGCACAAUUUCACUGCCACAGAAGACAGCAGUGGUGGUAGAAAGGGACUGAGAAACGUUCAGAUAGUUUAAGUUUAAGCUUCACCAAUACAGUACACUCCAAGAAGUGUGCACCGGUGGACCAAGAGAGAGAAAACAAGUCUGGGGAGUUUAUCCAGUCUGGCAUGUGAUGUGGUCAUUUCUUUCGAAUGUGAGGUGAUCAUUGCAAGCAUAAUCCAGAGGUCUGGUUAGGCAUAGACUU